UGAUUUUGUACAUUCAAAAAUGGUAUCACACCGAUUAUCCCGUUCCUGAAAAGGUCGGUUCGAUUCUAAUUUCUAGCGCGGCGCACACAAAGGUUUAUGCAGGGUUUUAACCUCGUCUUCCCACCACAUCCCGAUGUGUUCUUCGACCAUCUGAUUCACUUAUACGAAAAUUUUACUUCCCCUUAUACUAAUCACAACAAAAUUCAGUCGUUCUUUCAUAAAUUUUUCUUACAAAAUCAUCCCCUAAUUAAUGUUCAUCACCCAAUUCCAUAGCUCCUUUGAUAUAUCAAUUUCUCAACCCCAUUUUGCCCCAACUGAUAUUAAACCCAUAAAAGUUUUUCAGUUAAAUUCAUCAAAGAAAUCAAAAGUUAUGUGGCGAAGCAUCUCCCAACGAGCCUCUUCAAGAAUCCCAGCAAGUUCUUUCCUUGAUUCACUUCCAUUUCGUCGCAACUUCAAUACUUUAUUGGGGUAUUCCGGAAAUCCAAUUAUUUCCGAGAAAUUACCGUUUAGAGGUAUGGAGUUCGAUUGCUGUUCAUCCAUUAAAGGACACCCGGAAAGAAAUAUCUUCGAAAUGGGUCAAGUUUUCGCUAGAGAUGAACGUAUUGGAGUGGGAAAUCAUGUUGGCUUCAACGUAAAAAGGUACGCUAGUGUUGCAGAGGCUGUUGUUUCUUCAUCUCCCGAUGCAGACGACGAAAUUAAUGGUGGCGACGAGGUUCAAAAACUGUUGAAUGAAAUGGGGAAAGAAAAGCAACGGCAGGCGACGAGGGGGUGGUGGCGGCAGAAGAGGGCAAAAACCCGGCAGCAGUUGGAACUAUAUGAAACUUAAACAACGGCAAGUGAAGAUUGAGACAGAAGCAUGGGAAUUAGCAGCUAAAGAGUACAAAGAGCUUUUAAGCGACAUGUGUGAGCAGAAAUUAGCACCUAAUUUACCCUAUAUGAAGUCAUUAUUUCUCGGGUGGUUUGAGCCAUUAUGCAAAAAGAUCGAACAAGAUCAAGCAUUAUGUAGGAAAGGAAAGCACAAAGCCGCAUAUGCACCUUAUUUCGAUCUCCUUCCAUCUGAUAAAAUGGCUGUUAUCACAAUGCAUAAGGUCAUGGGGUUGAUAAUGACAGGAGGUGAGAAUGGUUGUGCUAGAGUCGUAUCUGCUUCUUGUAGUGUUGGUGAAGCCAUUGAACAGGAGAUUAGGAUACACAAAUUCUUGGAGAAGACAAAGACAAAAAAAGCUGCUAAAGCUGCAAAAAGUGAAGAAAACAAAAAUGUUUCUGAUGAUGUUAAGAAGGAACAAGAGGGACUACAUAAGAAAGUUACAAACUUGAUGAAAAAAGGGAAGUUGCAGGUUGUAGGUCAUAUUGUGAAGGGAUAUGAUGAUUCAAAACCAUGGACACAGCCUGUUAAAGCUCAGGUUGGAAGUCGUUUGAUUGAAUUGCUUCUACAAUCUGCUUAUAUACAGCCUCCAGCUGAUCAAUUGGGUGAUACACCUCCUGAUAUUAGACCUGCAUUUGUGCACACAUUAAGAACUUCAGUCAAAGAAGGACAGAAGACUGGAAGAAGAUAUGGUGUUAUUGAAUGUGAUCCAUCAGUGCGCAAAGGAUUAGAGAGAGCUUCGAGGCAUGUGGUUAUCCCUUAUAUGCCAAUGUUGAUACCUCCUGUAAAGUGGACAGGGUACAAAAAAAAUUUAGUUUGUUAA